AUGCUCGUUACAUUAAAAACACCGCUGGUUUUUCUGAUGCCAGCGAGCUUGCCUAUGGAGCCUCUUUUGCUGGCACAGCUCACUAAUAAGGUUUUAAAAAGCCUAACAUGCAAAAUUGGAUCUGUUUACCUGUGGACUGAUUCCACCAUUGUACUAGCUUGGCUACAGUCUUUUAGUCGCACUUGGACUUCAUUUGUUGCCAACCGCGUUGGUGAAAUCCAACAAUUAACUACUAUUCAAGACUGGCACCACGUCAGUAGUAAAGACAACCCAGCUGAUCUAUUGUCCAGAGGCAUUUCUCCUGCAUCAUUACCUCAGUCACAACUCUGGUGGUCAGGACCCUCCUGGUUAAAUCUCAACAAAGAAGAUUGGCCUCAAUUUCCAUAUUCAACAAACCACCAGGACAUACCUGAAGCCAAAUCCGUUGCCAUCGCCACAGCCACCACCGAAAAGGGUUUCAACAUUUUUGAACAAUUUUCAAGUCUUAUGAAGCUUCUUCGUGUUGUAUCAUACAUUUUUCGAUUUUACAACAAGUUGAAACAAAGGAUCAAACAUACUGAAGCUUCUCAUGUCUACAGCAUCUCACCUAAUGAAAUAGCCCAUUCUAUUCAAGUUUUGACAAGGCUUAUUCAACAAGAGUAUUUCUCUAAAGAACUAGAAUUACUUGCAAAACAGCAAAAUCUUAAUAAGAAUAGCUCUAUUUUACGACUAAAUCCAUUCAUCGACGAAAUAGGGAUUUUAAGAGUUGGUGGUCGACUCAAAUUUUCUCAUCUUCCUUAUGACGCUAAGCAUCCCAUACUGCUUCCUGGUCGCCAUCCCUUUUCGCGUCUCAUUGUUAUUCACAUCAGAGACACUUCCACGCAGGCCCUCAAGCAACAUUGUCUGUUAUCUCCAAAAAUGGCUUCUACAUUAAUGGGAAACCUUCCUAAACAUAGAAUUACAGUGCCUGAACGGCCUUUUUUCAUAUGUGGCAUUGACUAUGCUGGUCCUUUUUACAUUAAGGAAGGAACUCGAAAAAACGCAAAAUUAGUCAAGUGCUACAUGGCAAUUUUUGUAUGCUUCGCCACUACUGCUGUUCACAUUGAGCUAGCAACAGAUCUAUCUAUCGCAGCUUUCUUAAACGUUUUAAAGCGCUUUAUUUCCCGGAGAGGACAUCCAUCAGAUAUUUAUUCUGACAACGGCCUAAACUUCAAAGGUGCUUGCCGUGAACUAACUGAGCUAGCAACAGUGUUCAACGAUCAACAAAACCAACAGCAGAUUAUCGGCUAUGUAUCUGUUAAAGGAAUCAACUGGCACUUUACACCCCCUAGAGCGCCUCACCAAGGUGGACUAUGGGAAGCUGCAGUUAAGUCUGCCAAGCGUCAUCUACUUUGUAUAACCAAGGAGACCAACUUAAAAUACGAAGAGUUAGAAACAUUGCUUGUUCAAGUUGAAGCCAUUUUAAAUUCUCGUCCGCUGACUGCACUAUCAUCAGAUUCUCAUGAUCUCACACCGCUAACUCCAGGACAUUUUUUGAUAGGAAGCCCACUGACUUCUUACCCGGAACCAUCCUUAGAAAGGCUACCUGUAAAUCGCCUUUCUCGCUGGCAACAUGUCGAGCAGUUAAGACAACACUUUUGGAAAAGAUGGUUACGAGAAUAUCUACAUCAUUGCCAACAAUGA